UUUAGCCGGGAGCUUCGGGAAAUUGAAGAUAAACAAGAAAAGGAGAUACAAAGCAGAAAGUUUCUUGAACGUGAACAAUCAGAGGCAAAGCGAUUAGCCUCAAGUUUUGUUGAACAUUUGGAUGGUCAUCAGCUGUUUGACUCGCUUUGGCGGGGCGACGAAGAUGGUCGAGUUCUGAUGCUUGUUGGAACACAAGCUCAAGAGCUAGCGGAGGAAUACGAUAAGGAUAUUUUUGAGCUUACGCAAGAAAUUUACAAACUUGGCUUAGAAAGAUUUACUGAGCGCGAUGAAGAAAUUCGAGAUUUCUUUAACAAUCUUUUCGAUGGCCAAGAAGAACUUCAAAUACUUGGGCAAAAAGAAAUAGAAUGGUUUUUACAAUUUAGAGAAAUUAUUUUUGAAGAAGCUCGUAUCAAAUUACUUAAACUAGAACAAAAUUCCAUGCGCGGAGAAGACGAAGACACUCCAGAAAACAUAAAAUUAUCUGAUGCUUUGGAUAAAUUAAAUAUUCAAUUUGAAGAUGCAAUAAAUGAUUUGUGGCAAGCGUUAAUGGCCCAGGAGUUAUAUUUGCAUGAAUCUAUACAGGUAAUGUAUAGGAAAACGAGUAUGGUAUUUUGA